UGAAAGUGUGAGUCAUGUGUUGUGGGAAUGUCCAGCAUAUAGUAGUCUUAGGAGCAAUUUCUUAGUUGCCCUGCAGGGGAAGCUUGGGGAUGAUGGGUUUGAGCAUUUCCAGUCGCUUGAUAGUUUCAGGAAAGCAUCCUUUAUAUUGGGCAGUGAGCUGUGGGAGGAUAAAUUUGGUUCUUUGCUUGGCCUUGUUAAAGAUUUUAUUUCGGAUGUUUGGGAGCUAAGAAAGGUUAGGUUAUACGGCGAUAGUCCCCGCGUACAACAAACCCAGUCUCAGAUUGCGUCUGGGGAGCUGCAGGGUGUCGCUGGUGGAAGGGGUGAGUUGAGGUGUCUGGGAGGUGAGACAGACACCUCAUGUUUAUAUGGUGUAUGUUCGUUUGUUAACGGUUCCGCCCAUUGCUCUGGAUGCGUGGUCUGUGGCCCUAGUGCUAUGGCAGCCACCUGAGUAUUAUUAUUAGUACAGUGGGAUGAUGGUUACAUCUUCAAACUGACAUUGCUUGCUCUUCCUCUGCACAAGCCCUAUAUUGUCGCCACUUUUCUCACACCAAGAAUUUGUUUAGUGUGAGGACAAUCGGAAAGGGAUUCUCUGUGGAGGGCCACGAACGCAGCAUUGUUAGUUGAGCGAACAUGGAAGUCUUAGACUGCACACAAUGCAAUCACAACCAAAAACCGAGUGGCUGUCAGAGAGGGCAACACCUGUGCAUCAUGUGCUUCAUUCUAUGAGGGAGCACAAUCAUGCUUCGCGACAAUAUACGGCUUGCGUGGAGGAAUAUUUAAACGAACAAGCAAUGUCAGUUUGAAGAUGUAACCAUCUUCCCACUGUACUAAUGCAUCACACACACUAAGUCAUCCCUGUCUUGUCUCCUUUUUAUACCAUCCCUAUAUAUUCCACACUUUUUUCAAUUGGAAGAAUUUUUUAAUAUUGAGUAAAUAGUUCUUGGGAGAAAAACCUUUAACGCUUUGGUACCAAUUGCAAAUAGCUCGUCACACAGUACCCAUAUCCCCAUCAUAAGAAAACUGUCAUGAAACUGAAACGUUUUGAAAGUUUCUCAUAAUAAUAAAAUCCUGUCACAUUCACCCACUCAUGCAUAUGUAAAUUUCCCUAUAUUUACUCGUUUACAAAGGUUUGAAUCUCUCUAAAUUCAUGUGAAUAUGCUUGAUCGUGAUACAUGCCAAUGGCAAAAAACAGAUGUUCAGCUACCACGCACAUGUUGUUGUAAACUGGGAAGCAAAGGUGUAAGAUCAUUUCUGGGUUUUGGUUAUUCAUAUUGUUUCUUAUUAUACAAUGUUGUAUGCAUGUGUCAACUGACUACAAGGCAAAGGCACAACAAACAAGUAAACUACACCAAAGACCGCUUUUCUCCAAGGAAAAAAGAAGAGUAGCCUAAGGUGGGAUUCAAACCCACCCACGGCACUCUGCUCUCUAGGCAAACACCCUACCAACUGAGCUACCAGGGAAAAUCCGCUGGAAGUUGUUCAAAUCUUCAACACAAUGUAACACAAAGGCAAACCUCAAACUGCUGCGCUAUGGCACCGUAUAUUCUCACGUUGUAUGUAGGAGUAGACUGGGGUAACCAAUAAAACCUAACCCUGAACUUAAGUAUAUGCAUGUGUCAACUACAAGGUAGAAAGCGCAUGUUUGCAAUGUGAUUUGCAACUUAAUAUGCUUAACUUUAGGAUAUGUCUUACUGCGUGUUCUUCCAACACAUGGUAAACCAACCAUCAAACAGCUAAAGUGGUAUGAGACCAGACAGCAGCAUAUACUGGCUAUUACACUUGAUCCAGGAGGGGAGUGGUUGGCAUGUUCAUGUCUUGAUGGCGGCCUCUACCUAGUCCCUAUCAUUUCUCUCACACUUGAAUGUGCUCCUGUGCAUAGUUUUGGAGUGUUAGAUGAUGUGACCGUUAUACAGCCUUCAAAAAAAAUUGCCUCUCCAACCAGCAUAGUCUGGUGGGAUACUAUGGAUCAGAAGCAUAUUUGCAUAACUGGAUCUGAGGUUGGGGAGAUCACUUUCUUUGAUUUGAAGACGAAAACUGUGGCUCUGAGUGUGUUAGUGAGUGGAUGCAUUGAUGCAGUGUACCUGGCUUGUCUCACUGACUCAACAACAUAUCUUUUGAUGGGUCUGCGAGGUGGGGAGUGGAAGAGAAUGUUACUGGAGGAACACUACCAUGAAGCUCCAGAUGUCUCCUAUGCAGACGUUACUGCCAACGAUUUUGAAGUUGUUCCAGAUGAUGUUGUUAUAAAAUCAUGUCUAGACCAAGAUGAACUUGUUGAUCCUUUUGAUCUAAAGAAUUUCUCGAUUUUCUGCCAGCUGACACACCUCAGAACCCAAGACUGGAGACGGCAGCACCUACUCACUUCACUAAAUCUUACGACUGGUAAACUGGAGGCAUACAGUUACAACUUUGAUCUUCGUCUUGAGCCUCUCAAUGCCUACCAGUUGAUAUCAGGAGCUACUGAUGCCCUUCUUACAGACAGACUGAUAUAUGCUGUCAGCCACAUAGACGUUGUUGAUCCCUGCUCGUUCACUUUGUCUCUGGUGUCAACUCAAAAAGCACUUGUUACUGAACUACAUGACCAAAGUCAAGGGAUCAUUCAACAAUUCACUCUCCCAUCAUCCCCUGACCUGGUUGGGUUUUACAGUACUGAGGGAGGGGGGAUUGGAUUACCAACUGAUGGUUCUCUGCCAGUUACACACCUUGGAGGAUGCAUCAUCGUCACCAAAACCUCUGUGUACCAGUGCCGGCAGAUUUAUUGCCCUGACUCUAUAUUCUUGGACAUGGCCCUGUCAUUGAAAGAGCAGGAGAAAGCUGAGGAUUUUGGCAUAACAUUGAAAUUGGAUAUCUGUGGUCUUUACAAAGUUGCAGCAGAAAGAGUCCUGGAACAGAGAAACUUUUCCCAGGCAUUGAAACUGUUUGAAUUAUCACAUUGCCGUCCUCAGCAUAUCAUUCAAUCAUUUGCAAGAAUUAAAAAAGUUCCAGAACUUGUGAAGUACCUUCAUCAGGCUGUAUAUGAUGAUACUGGGCAUGCUGCUCUUGGAAACACAAAACAAGCUCAAGACAUACUUUUUCAGUGUUUUCUACAUGAGUGUCUGCGAUUGUGUGGAACACCAGAUGGCUGUAUGAUGCUGGAUAAAUUCAGUCAGUUUAUCACAGACAAGUUUCUGUAUGACCAAUCAGUGGCUAUGGAAGGUUUGUUGGAUUGUGGCCUAAAGGAGCAACUGUUUGAGCUAGCCAAAGCUCACAACAAGUUGCAGGAGGUGCUGGAUACAAUGGUAAAACGAGGCUGCAUAGACCUUAGCCCCUCUGUUCAAGCUUCACUAGCUAGUAGGCAGUACAUCUCCACUGUGUCUGAAGCUGCUGAUGGGCACUACUUGUACCAAAUGAUGCCCUCAACUUUUGUCAGAUUUCUUAUCACAAUGCCUGUCAUCAUUCCACAAUAUCUGAAUCAUAUUUUGACCUUACUGCCUAAUAUGAACGUGUCAGCUCUCAUUCGACUGGCUAAUCUAUUUGAUCCCUCUCACUCUACAAUUCAACCACUACUUAUCAAGGCACACACUUCAAGACCCAGAAGUCAUUCAACUGGAAGUCUUGUUAGUGUGGCCGACAGCCUCAGCAGUGGAAUUGGUGCUGUUGAUGACACAAACGCUCCUAAGCUGGAUGAGUAUAUUGAAGUUUUUCUCACCAUUCUCAUAAUUUUGAAUGUACAGCGAGGAAGAAAUCCUGCAACGAGACGGAGGGGUAUCUUUCCUGUGAAUUCUGAUAAAGGUGAAAAUGAGUUGUACUCUGAGGCAUCACAGUGGACCCAGGGAAGAGUCCUGGCAUGCGGGCUAAAUCAUGCUGCACUGUUGGUCAAUGGUGAUCUGUAUACAUGGGGAGCUACUAAGAAUGGAAAGUUGGGACAUGGAGACAUUGAAGAAGAGCAAAGGUCAAUACCCCUGCGAGUGGAAACUUUUCUAAUGCUAAAUGUACAUGUGCUGUCAGUGACAUGUGGUGCAGAACAUACCAUUGCUUUGUGCCAAGAGGGGGUCUAUUCUUGGGGCUCAUCUUCUCAUGGCCAGCUGGGGCAUGGAGACACACUGAAGCGCUCGCGACCUGUCCAGAUCUCAACUCUUGCUGACAAAGGCAUCAUAGCUGUUGAGUGUGGCCAAUAUCAUUCCUUGGCACUCUCUGAUGACCACAGUGUGUGGAGCUGGGGCUGGGGAGUUCAUGGCCAGCUGGGUCUCCAGAGUGUCGACGAGAAGCUUCUACCAACCCAUGCAACUCUGCUGGAUGAACGGAAUGUGUCAGUGAUAUCUGCAGGAUAUGGCCAUAGCGCAGUACUAACUGUUGAUGGGAAAGUGCUCACAUUUGGAAAUGGGAUGUAUGGACAGCUAGGUCAUGGUAAUACCGAAAAACAGUCAGCCCCAAAACUUGUAACAGCACUCCAGGGACAAGCGGUGUAUCUAUUGGCUUGUGGCAAUUUUCAUACUAUUGCUGUUACAAAUGACCAGCAAGUGUAUUUUUGGGGGAAGAAUCUCUAUCGAACUAGGCCAAGUGCAACCAGUAUCCAAGGGCUAAAAGAGUACAAGAGAACCCGCCAGGCCCAGUCUGCCUCCCCUCCUGCUACUGCUACAAACACACACACCCCUCUACCCCUUCUCAACCAGCAAUUGGGCGAUUCCAUAGUUCAGAUAAGUUGUGGUAGUUUCCACUCCUUGCUGCUGACAGCUGAUGGAGGUGUAUAUUCAUGGGGUAGCAAUGUACAUGGGCAGCUGGGUCAUCCACAGGUUCCUGAGAUGCAAAACCCAUCAAAAGUGGGUCAGUUUGACAACCGAAAAAUAGUUGCAGUUGGUGCUGGAGACGAGUUCUCUUUAGCUGUUGAUGAAAGUUUCCAACCAUGGGGAUGGGGCCGGGCUGAGCAUGGACAGCUUGGCUUUGAGUCCAGAAUUUCAAGAGGAGGAGCAGAGUCAGUGAAACAAUCUGUCUUCAAACCUACCAUCAUUGAUAGUCUUUCAGAGCUCCCUGAUCAUUCCAGGCCUCAAAGACAUCAAGAUGUAAGGUGUCCUGGUUAGCCUAGUGUUUAAGUUUGCCUCAGCAGUGAUCUGCAUAAUUCGGAAUUA